GUCGAAAAUGCAACAAAGCCAGACGAUCGCAUUAACGCUUUAAUUGGGCCCUCUAAAAUUGAAUUCAAAGGCAAUCCAGCCGAAGAAGUGGUUGAAUUAAUAGAAUCGAAACAUUGGGAACUCGCAAAAUCUGCAUUAAAUAAACUUAUAUCUCCAAGCUAUCAAAAAUGUUAUGAAGCAUCAGAUUUCGAAAAGAUCAUUUUAAAAUUGAUCAAGAUCGUAUCAACUUCUAAUAUUCCAAUCAAAUCUGAUUUGAGGAAGGCCCUAUCGCAAGUUGGUUUUUAUUUAUGUCGCUUUUGCAUAAUUUUAUACAUAAGUUGCAUAAUUUGGCGUCAAUUUGAAAUUGAUUUGCAGCUGCCUAUUAAUAAUGAAUUCGCUCUCAAUCUUUUACGGAAAGUUGAAGAGGAACCAGUUAGGAAACGUGGUAAAUUCACAAUUUCCCAAAUGAAUUUUGUUGGUGAAGAUGAUGUGGCUUAUAAAAAUCGAUUGACGUUUGUACUGGAAGUACUUCUUUCUAAUGAAAAUGUAAUAGCCUCAGCAAAAUUAUUGCUAAUUUUGUUCGACCUCGUCAAAGAAGCACUAAAUAUGGAAGAGAAUGAAGAUUCAGUGGAAUUCUAUAUCCAGCAGCUGGCUAUUUCGUUGCUUAUUCGUCUUCUAAAAAACCCACAUGGUUAUAUUAUCAAAAAAGAAGAUUUACAUUUGGAUUGUAUAGUAGAGGCAAUCCGAAGCACAAAUAAUCACCGAACUCUUCGCGAUUGCUUACGACUUUUGACAGCUUCUUUUCAUAUUUCACCUAGCGGUGUUCUCACUCAGAUUAUGUCUGUUUUUACAUUUAUGGGUUCUGGAUUAUUGAAAAGAGAUAAUGAUUUAACUCUGGGUAUUAUUGAAGAGUCACUCAAUAUUGUGUUUUCCGUUGUGGUAGAUGAGCAGGAUAAAACAUAUCAUGAGCGACUUUUAACAAUUUCUCGUAUAUUUACGACUUCAAUAGUAGAUAUACCUGUUCAUCGUCGUGCUAGAAUCCUUCAUGCUGUGGCAAGCGCAGCAAAUUAUAAUAAUUUAUGGACUAUUAUAGCAGUAAUAUUUGAAUAUUAUUGCAUUAAUUGGCAACGAAACGAUGUGUUUAAAGGUCGCGAAACUGUUGAAAUGUUCGAAGAAAUGGCUUCAGAAAUGACAUCAAUUUUUACUUUUGAUCAACAACUUUCAUGUGCGAUUGAUUUAAUUGAAUAUAUAAUGUAUUUGGGCAGUGAUUUUGAUUGCAAAUAUCCUAGUUCGUCAUUUACUGUCAGAAAUGGUAUCCGUAACUUCCCAGUGAUUUUUGAACGUUCGAAAUAUUCCAUUCAGAAGUUGCGACAUUACCGUUUUAGCAUUAUGGGUUGGAUUGCUAGAAAAUUAUCGAGUAACGAUCUUUUCGACAGGAUAAUCGAUUCGGAUGAUGAAUAUAUACAUAAAAGUCUACUAAUUAUUGGAAAAAGGGUAUUUAUUUCGUCAAUGGAAUUAGAUGAAUUUAUUAAUGUAAAUAUGGAAGAAGCGAUAAAACGUGAUAAAACUCAUCCAUCGAAUGAUAAAGAAGGAAGUGAACGUUUAGGUCCUGAAAUUAAAUAUUGGAUGGCACUAUCAUCUCGUGCUGAUAUCGUUGCUGAAAAGUUGCGGAAUUUACUCCCAGCAAAUAUUUGUGCCCAACUCAUCAAUCAAAUUUUCGAAAAAAGUGUAGAAGAGCCGAAAAUGCGAGAUCGUGCUAUGCAAUUAUUGAACAACAAACUUUUUUAUGAUAAUCAGUCCCUCACACACAUCCAAAUAAGUCCUGAUUAUUUAAAUAAAUUUGUCGAGAAACUGAACGGUUGGAUUAUACCGACUCAAAAGAAAGAUGAAAUUAUUCUAUGUCAGAAUGCUGCAUUUACUUUAAAAUUGGUUGCAAAACGUCUUCGAUCUGAAGAAAAUCACAUAUAUUUUACCGACACGCUCACAAGAUGUUCGAAAAUUGUAAGUUUAUAUUUUUUUAGUUCUUUGGAAAACUGGCGAUCUUUCGAUGAAGCAUUAAUUGGAAAUAUAUUUUUAUUAAUUGGGGAAUUAAUCAAAUCAAAGAAUGCUCCUUCCAUCGUCAUAGUAAAAUUAGAUAUCUUUAUGAAUGCUUGUAUCGAAUUUAUGAAGAAACAACUAGAUAAUUUUGAUAAAAAUGAUGAACACUUAAACGAGUCGGAUUCUGUUGAAAUUCGUCGAAAACGAUUCCGUCAACAAUCCCUAAGUGGUCGUCGAAUUGAAUCGAUCAGAAAAUUCUAUUUUUUUUGUCGCUCGAUUUUUGUUAUAGGUGGUGAUGUAUUAUUGCUUUGUGCUAUAACUUGUCUUCAACGAAUAAUGGAUAAAUAUGCUCAGUUUAUAUGCCAGCAUUUCGUUGAUAUUAUGAUGCUUUAUUCUCUACUGAUUGCUCGAUUUGAUGCGCAGUUGCUCAUGAUCGAUCAUGUUGAUGGAGAUAUUUCUGCAUUGCAAAAACUUACGAAUGUUCAACAUCGAUUGGUGCAAAUUAAAAAGUGUUUCAUGAAAGUCGAAACAAGAUUAACUUUGGAACCAUUUCAAAAAGCUAUCGAGAAUCUGAUUUUUCAACCAAAAGGCUUAGUGGCGCUCUUAUCGUUAUUAUCCUCUUGUCUUGAAGCAGAAGGCGGAAAGAAUUGGUUGAAAGGUCUUCCAUUUAUCUUUGAUACCUUUCUUAUUGCAUUUUCGCUGAGGAUUAAAAAUCCCUCAUUGAAGGUGAUUGAUGAAUUAGCCACUUAUGAAGAAAAAAUUAUUGAUUCAGUUCUGCGAAUAAUCGCUUGUCUCUCAGAAAAUCAAAUUAGACCUUUCAAUAAAAAAUUAUUCAAAUGGACAGAGCCAAUGAUUAAAAACGCUAAUAGUUUUGGAAUCAUAACAACAUUCAGUUUCCUGAAUCGAUUUUAUGAUUCCUAUAAUACGUUAGCUUUACCUCAUUUUGGUCGUAUUUUUGAAAUUGUACCUACAAUUUUAUCAUUAUAUAAUGGCAAUGCCACAGAUUUUCGUCUUUUUAAAGGGAGAAAAAAUUCUACUGAAAAAUUGUCAAUUAAUAUCAUUAUCAAAACUGUUAUACAGUUUGUUAGCAACUGUGCUAAACAUCCCCAGUUUUUCACAAUCGAGCGCGCUCAGUCGGUGCUUAAUCCCUUAAUUGAUGAACUUGAUAAUAAAGAGGUGGAUGGCCAUGAGCAAAGGUGUUUACAUCUUGCAGAUUGUCUUCUUUAUAUUGCAGAUUCCCAUAAUGAUUUAUUAUCAGAAGUAAUGAACAAGAUUAUGUUGAAAACGAGAAGUGUGUCGUCGAAGGUUCGAUACUGUACUCUUCUUGUGCUUGAAAGAAUGUUUGAACGUAUUGGUGAUGCCAUUGCUCCGCUCUUACCAUCUGUUUUGCCGUUUCUUAGCGAAUGUGAUUUUUAUACUUUAGAUGAGAAUUCAAAAGUAGAAGAACAAUGUGAUAAAAUCAUUUGUAUUCUGAGAAGAAAAUUUGGUGAAGAUAUUACCGAAGGUUAUCUAUAG